GAAGGGGAAGGAACUGCUGGUGUGUGUGUGUGUGUGUGUGUGUGCGCGCGCGUGUGUGUGUGCGUGCGUGUGUGUGCGCGCGCGGGUGUGUGGACAAGGAGGUGGGGGCAGCCGAGUUAGAGUCCCAACUCCUUGGACUCCAUUUGCUAUUCUUUUCUUUCUCCCCCACAUCUAUCUGGUGGUAGUGGGCGUUUAAAUUUGCGUUUCUUUUCAUUCAUUUCCAAAUCUUUUAAAAAUUUCAGGGUUGGGGGGUAGUGGGAAGAGCAGGAAAGGGGAAAGGAGGAGAGUAGGAGCAGAAGAGCAGGAGGAGGACAUGGAGAUGAAGAAGAGGAUUAACAUGGAGUUAAGGAACCGAGCCCCGGAGGAGGUGACAGAGUUAGUUCUUGAUAAUUGCCUGUGUGUCAAUGGGGAAAUUGAAGGCCUGAAUGAUACUUUUAAAGAACUAGAGUUUCUGAGUAUGGCUAAUGUGGAAUUAAGUUCAUUGGCCCAACUUCCCAGUUUAAACAAACUUCGAAAGUUGGAACUUAGUGACAAUAUAAUUUCUGGAGGCUUGGAAGUCCUGGCAGAAAAAUGUCCAAAUCUUACCUACCUCAAUCUGAGUGGAAACAAAAUCAAAGAUCUCAGUACGGUAGAAGCUCUGCAAAAUCUUAAAAAUUUGAAAAGUCUUGACUUGUUUAACUGUGAGAUCACAAAUCUGGAAGAUUACAGAGAAAGUAUUUUUGAAUUGCUGCAACAAAUCACAUACUUAGAUGGAUUUGAUCAGGAGGAUAAUGAAGCACCUGACUCCGAAGAGGAGGAUGAUGAGGAUGGAGAUGAAGAUGAUGGAGAUGAAGAGGAAGAUGAAGCUGGUCCACCUGAAGGAUAUGAGGAAGAGGAGGAAGAUGAUGAUGAGGAGGAUGAAGAUGAAGCAGGGUCAGAAUUGGGAGAGGGAGAAGAAGAAGUGGGCCUUUCUUACUUGAUGAAAGAAGAAAUUCAGGAUGAAGAAGAUGAUGAUGAUUAUGUAGAAGAAGGGGAAGAAGAGGAGGAAGAGGAAGAAGAAGGUCUCCGGGGGGAGAAGAGGAAACGAGAUGCUGAAGAUGAUGGAGAGGAAGAAGAUGACUAGAUCAUUCUAAGACCAGAUUCCCCAGCAUUCCUGGGUGUGCAAUAGAGUGAUCACAUCUUUGUUUUUUCAUGUACGAUAGCUAUCCCUACAGAAGAUAAUGUGUAACUUUUUAUAGAAAAGUGUGGUUUUACUAUUUUUGCCUUAUCAUUCCAGUUAAGAUUUACUAGUCUGUUAAUGAUCAUAUUGUAUGUAGAGAAAAAAUUUCAUUGACACUUCCCCCUUAAGACAUUCUCUAGCAAUUAUAUUUAGAAGCUUAAUUUUUCUAAUUCAAAUUCAAGUUCAUUGUAUUAGUAAUUUUUAGUCUGUAAUUAAAACAUGAUUGCUUUUACACAGGUGAAGUUUGGUGCAUUUCAUUCAUAAGAUUUUAAAGUUAUUUAUAAAUUAACUGAAAUUACAGUCAUCUGUAAUAUGAAAUGACAGUAGUCUCUUGAAUAAGUUGAUUAUUAUUAUUAUUAUUUUUUUUUUAGAGAUGAUCCAGGGAUCUUUAUUUUGAAGGCAUUGAUUUUUUUUUUAAAUAGCUAAAGAUAUUUGGGUGGUUUUUUUUGUCACAUGAAUUAAGUUGGAAAGUAGAAGCAGAAUAAUAAAGGUUCUAUUCAGCAAAUUAUAUAGUUUGUGGAUUUGGGGGAGGUUCUAGACAGUAAUAUAAUUCAUGGAUUUUGUGGUGAUUGAUAAGAUUUUAUUUUUGAAGGAAAAAUUGCUUAUACUAAGUGAGACACGCAGGUGAGCCCUCUCUUUAGGCUGCAGAUCAUGCCAAUGGUUAUUUAUUUCGUUUUGUUUUAGGUGUGCAUAUUCUCAUCAAUUUCUUUAUGAUCACCUUCCCUUCUUGUUGACUCCCCUCUCUAUCCCAAAAGGAAGCUGGGAACUUCUGGAUACCCAGAAAACCUUUAGUCUUAUACCUCAACCACCUUUUCAGAUCUCUCUGGGUUUUAAACAGAGUGGAAGAAACUGAGAAUUUUCUGCGAUACAAAUAUUGUUAUUGAUACAAUUUCAGGCAGCAAGCUCUGCUUAUUGUAAAUCUUUCUUGACUGACAAUAUGUAAGACCAUAUAAGUAGGAGGAAGAAAGUAAAGAAGCAGGGGAGGGGUUUUGAAUUAGCAUCAAUGUUCAUUGCCUGUUGAUAAUUAAGGAGACGUUUAAGUCAGUUUUUAAGUUGGCAUUCCAAAUUAUUUGGAUACCAACCCUGCGCAGUAUUUAUAAUUUUUCUGAGUAGAACCUUUAGUUGUUCCUGUAGUUUUAAAGCAUUACCAGAUGUAGCAUUUAAUUGGAAUAUUGUAGGCAGUUGGAAAAAUAUUUGGGAUUAAAUAUUAAAAUUAAGACUUAUUUUCAAGUGAAUGUCCAUUAAAAUAGAAGAAUAUUUGGGAUAAGUAUGAGUGUGUGCCUACUUACAUGGUUACUAAAUAAAAUAUAACGAGUACACAGUACAUCUCUGUUUUUGUCAUGGAGGCUCCAUGUUCAAGGUAACUGCUUUGUUCAUCUUGACUAUCUUAAAAUUUUUUCUUUGUUUUGAAUAUUUGUAAGGUUUUUAAAAGUUAGUGUCAGUAAACUAAUUGAAGCUAUUCUUCUACUGGGAUACAUUUAAAUUACUGAGUGUAGUACUGCUGCUGCUUUUUUUUUUAGUUUAAAAUGUAUGACUUGGCGUUUUAAAGGUUAUUUGUGGAGAAACUAAAACAGUUGCACAACUGACUGAAAUAAAACACUUGGAAUAAAUUUAGUAGGUGGAUCAGAAAGUACAAAAGAUUGACAUUUUUUUCUCUUAAUUUUUAACAAUUGAUAUGCCCUGCUUUAGUCUCUAAGAAUUCUCAUUACAUACUAUGUCCAGAUUAUAAAAUACUUAUUUUUAAAAUGAAAUCUAUAUAUUGACUUUCUUAUCAAUCAUCUUAUUGUGCAAUCAAAAUUAGAGUUCUUUGGUUUGAAAACAACACAUAGUGAACCUCCAGAUAACUUUUAAGAACUUAUUUAGCUUUGUGGGUGGUAUUUUCAUGCAAAUAAGUAAGGGGGGUUUUAUAUUUUGUAGAAGUUUGGGGUCCUAUUUUAAUGCUCUUUGUAUUGCAGUAUGUAUAUAGUGUGUUAAGUUCUUUAAGAAUCUCUGUAAACGUUGAGGUUAAUACUUUUGUGCAACUGUGUUUUUGAAUAAAGCCAUGACAGUGUUAAAAACAAAUCAAAAAGCAGUACUCAUGAUCAUUCUUUUAUUGUUUCUGACUAUUCCCUGUUUUUCCUGUGACUGCUGUAACUUAAGUUUUUGAAACGGAAUUGCUUCAAAUAAAUUGAAGAUUUGUUAUAAUGAUUA